AUGCCCUGGGUUCGGGAUCAGGUAUUUACCAACAUGGCUGCCUACUCUUCAAUGGGGGCAGAUUGGGACACAUUUCUGACUGGUUUUAUGUAGAAGUUACCUCCAUUCCCGUAGAAAUGGCAGCUGGAAAACGUUACAUGUAGUAUAUAUAUACCGACCACGCAAGCUAGGACACUGACGAAGCUCAACAUGGCCGCCUCCACACCAUGUUCGGACACCACGGAGGCCGUAGAACUGUACCCCCAGCAGGGCCUGUGGCUGAAGCCCAUCGCGCGCCUGAACGUGAGCGUGUCGCUGCCCCAGCUGAAGACCCCCGGCAAGUCCAUCUCCAACUGGGAGGUGAUGGAGCGCAUCAAGGCCAUGGUCAAACCUGACGCCUUCUCACUGCUCAAGGUCGUCAAGAGCACACUGGAGUUCAUCAGGUUUGAAGGAGAAGCUGAGGCCAAGUCCCUCCUGAAGACCAUGGUGGCCAGAUUGGACGGUAAAACUAUCAAGCUGAGCGGUUUCUCUGAGAUGCUGAAGGUCCGGGCAGCUGAAGCCAAGGUGGUCUUCCCCACGCGCCACGAGUGGGACUCUCAUUUCAGGGACGCCAAGUUCAUGAACGAGACUGUCGCGGGAGAGAGGCCAGACACCGUUCACUUCGAAGGUCUGCCCUGCAAGUGGUUCACCGCAUCUAAGGACAGCGACAAAGCCAGCGAAAACGUCCUCAAGAAAGUAUUCGCAACAUUUGGGGAAGUCCGUCGCGUGGACAUUCCGAUGUUGGACCCGUACAGACAGGAGAACAAGACGGGAAACUUCAACACCUUUUCCUCCUUCUCUUCAUUAGGAACAAGUUUGACUUUUGAGGCAUAUGUGCAGUUUAAGGAGUACAUCGGCUUUGUGAACUGUAUGGAGCACCUGAAAGGAAUGAAACUCAUGUACAAAGGUGAUGACGGCAAGGCUGCUACAGCUAACUUCAAGGUGGAUUUUGACAAAAGUGGCCACCUGAGCGACAAGGCCAUCAGAAAGCGCAGACUGGAGCGGGCGAAACUCCAGGAGCUGGAGCAUCAGCGGGAGGAGCAGAAACGUAAGGAAAGAGAAGAAGAGGAGCGCAAGAAGGAGGAGGAAAGGAAGAAAAAGGAAGAUGAGGAGAGGGAAAGAGAAAGGAAAAGGGAAGAGAAGCUGAGAAGACGGGAGGAGCGCAUGAAGUACCGAGAGGAGAAACGGCGUGAGAAGAAGCUUGAGAAGAAACGUCAGGAGGAGCAGCGGCAGCUCCAGGAGAAGAUAGCCCAAGAGGAGAGGAGGAUCCUCAUCGCUCAGAGGAAGCUGGAGUCCAUCAGACUGCUGACGGAACUCUUCAAGAGAGCUAAGGGGGUGAAACAGCAGCAGGAGGUCCAGAGACUAGAACAGGAGCUCGAGCAGGAACGUCUCCGGCAGCUCGCCAUCGAGAGGAGAAAAAAGGAAGAGGAAGAACUGAAGAAGAGAAAAGAAGAGGAACGAAAGCAGAAAGAACUGCAAAAGAAAGAGGAACAGUUGAGAGAAAAACUGGUACGAGGGCUGAAGAAGAGAAAAGACAGAGAGGAAGAACAGCACAGAGAGGAACUGAGACAAAAGAUAUCGGGACAAAAGCUGAAGUCGGCAGUGGUAAUGCCACACACUUAACCCGGCACUGGUAACACCAUUACAUCCUACCUCUUAGGAUACUCGGCACCUUGUUUAUGUUGGCAGUACUCUGCCUGAAACCAUGGCUGUUGACAUGUACCCAACAUACAUGUAAAGCCAGUCUUGUUUCAUUUUCCAGCAGAUAAAGCUACUCGGCAGUUAUUUUACUUUGUUUUUAGUCACAGAGAAAGGCUACAAAGAACAUCUUUUGUAAAAUGUUUUGUUGCAUUUAUUGGCCAUUAUUGUUAGGUAGUCAGUAUAGGCACUUUGUGUCAAGGAGAACUGUAUGUAUCAAGCUUGGCAACUACAAAGAUUUGUUAGGCAGCUGAAGUAAUGAUAAAAUGUUUAAGUUUAAGAAGUUUCUAUGUUUAGUUUGUUUAGUUGUUCUUUUACAUUAUGAAACACUUUUACAUUAUGAAGCACUUUUAACAAAUACCUUGUUGAACCAUCAAGAUGUCAUAAUACUGACAAUUUUCCAUUCAAUAAAUCUUGUUUUUGUAUUUGUGAGUGUCA